CUUCAAAUCAGAAAGUCAAAACCCUAUUCUAUCAAUACCUUCUGCCUUCAAGAACCCUAUUGUUUUAUGCUAAUUUGUCCUCAAAGAUUCAUCCUUUGUCAACAGAGUUUCUCACAAACUUGAAGUUGAGAAAAUCACACUUUUUUUCCUUUUCGGCUUUUGAUCUGAACCUCAAUCAGUCAACAGCUAGUGAGAAUUCUGAGAGGCAAAUAAUGGAUAGAAUUCUGAGGUGAAAAUAUUAAUUCUGGAGUUAUGAAUUUGAUCACCAGAUGGGGGGACCUAAAUUGAUAAUAAGAGGAUAUGGAAGGACUGUAUUGCAAGAAUUCAAGAUUGGUUGCAUGUUGUAUUGUUCUUUGCAUCUUCAUAGCUAUCCAACCAACCCGUUCACAAGAAGAUUUUGUAAGUAUACAAUGUUGUGCUGAUUACAUAUUCACCGAUCCAAACAACAAUAUAACAUGGGUCCCAGAUGAUAAAUGGUUCUCGGACAACAGACAAUGUCAAAACAUAGUAAGACCACUACAAAAUGGUACAACGUAUGAAUAUGCUCGAUUCUUCAACUCAAAGUACGGUACAAAAUGGUGUUAUGAAUUACCAACAAAAAAGGGUCAGAAUUAUCUGAUUAGGGGCACAUUCCCUUAUAAAGAUAUUAUUAAUACAUCACCUACAGGGACAGUUUUUGAUGUUUCAAUUGGUAUUACACCAAUAGGCCGGGUUAACUCAACAGAUGAAACCGAAAUUGAAGGGAUUGUAAGAGCUACUAAUGACUAUAUCAACUUUUGUUUAUUACCAAAACAAGGAAAUCCUUAUGUUUCCAAGAUCGAAUUAAGACCAUUGGAUUUGGAUUAUGGAGAUUCCUCAACAAUCCUCAAACUUGUGCAUAGAGUUGAUGUUGGGAAUACAAAUGGAGAAAUCAGGUACCCACAAGAUCCAUACGAUCGAAUCUGGAAACCUGAUUCGGGUUUGAACCAAAAUGGCAAUUCCACAUCACUAGAAAACAGAAAAAUCAUUAGCCCAAAUAGCACAAACACAUUGCCUCCGGUUACGGUGCUACAAACAGCUCGAACACAUUCAGAUCGUUUAGAAUUUCGGCAUGAUUUUCAGUCAGGGUACAGUGAUUAUAUUCUUAAUCUUUAUUUCCUGGAACUCAACGAAUCUGUGCAAACUGGGCAACGAGUGUUUGACGUUUAUAUCAACGAUAAACAAAGGAUGAAUAUUGAUAUAAUAUCUGGUGGUUCAAACUACAAGGCUGCUUCUAUAAACUUCACAGCAAACCAAUUUCUUAAUUUGACUAUAACAAAAGCUAAUGGAUCUCGGUGGGGUCCGAUUUGCAAUGCUUAUGAAAUUUUGCAAGUCCGCCCAUUACUUCAAGCUACCGAUCAAAAAGAUGUGGAUGUGAUUUUGAUCAUAAAAAAAGAGCUGUUGGUGGAGAACCAAGAUAAUGAAGUAUUAGAAAGUUGGACAGGUGACCCGUGUCUCCCACAUAGUUGGCAUGGGGUGACGUGCAACAAGUCGAAUGGAAAUACGGUCAUAACUAAGCUGGAUUUAUCCGACGGAAAAUUUAAAGGACCACUUGCACAGGGCAUCACUAUGCUGACUCAUCUUACGGAACUGAACGUUAGCAAUAACCAGUUCACCAACAGCAUUCCAGUAUUCCCAUCUUCUGCGGUUCUCACUUCAAUGGACCUACGAAACAAUAAUUUCAUGGGAAGGAUCCAAGGCUCACUCACCUCCCUUCCACACUUGACACAGCUAUACUAUGGCUGCAAUGAGGAUUUCAGCAAAGAGCUUCCUACAAGUCAAAAUUCAUCCAGGCUUGCUACAGACAACGGAAUGUGCAGAGGAGAGAAAUCAUCACAUCUAGCACACGGUGUUUUUAAAGCAGCAAUCGCAGGUGCUGCCAUUUUAGUUGUGGGAAUACUCGCUUGCGUAAUUUGCGUUUACAAGAAACGGAGAAUGGUCAACAAAAGAUCAGAAGGAAAAAGAAAUGCAAUGACCAAGAAUGCGAUUUAUGCAAUACCUAGCAGUAAGGAUGAUAUUAGUUUAAAGGAGAUAUCCAUAGAAAGUUUUACGCUUGACCAAAUAGAAAGCGCGAUACAACAUUAUAAAACAUUAAUAGGUGAAGGAGGGUUCGGAUCUGUUUACCGUGGGACCCUACCAGAUGGUCAAGAAGUAGCUGUAAAAGUCCGGUCAGCAACUUCAACACAGGGAACCCGUGAAUUUAACAAUGAGUUGACACUUUUAUCAGCUAUUCGGCAUGAAAACUUGGUGCCACUUCUUGGUUUUUGCUGUGAAAAUGAUCAACAAAUUCUUGUUUAUCCGUUUAUGUCUAAUGGGUCCCUACAAGAUCGGCUUUAUGGUGAAGCAUCUAAGCGAAGAGCUCUAGACUGGCCGACCAGACUUUCAAUAGCUUUAGGAUCUGCUCGAGGUUUAAGCUAUCUUCAUACAUUCUCGGGACGUUCUGUCAUACACAGGGAUGUGAAAUCAAGUAACAUACUCCUAGACAAUAGCAUGUGUCCCAAGGUGGCAGAUUUCGGUUUUUCAAAAUACGCACCUCAAGAAGGUGAUAGUAACGCCUCCCUAGAAGUAAGGGGAACAGCUGGUUAUUUGGAUCCAGAGUAUUAUUCAACCCAACAAUUGUCUGCCAAGAGUGAUGUCUUUAGCUACGGAGUUGUGCUACUUGAAAUCAUCACUGGUCGGGAGCCUCUUAAUAUACACAGACCGCGAAAUGAGUGGAGCUUGGUUGAAUGGGCAAAACCUUAUAUAAGAAAUUCACGAAUAGAGGAACUGGUGGAUCCGAGUAUAAAAGGAGGGUAUCAUACGGAAGCUAUGUGGAGAGUUGUGGAAGUAGCAUUAGCAUGUAUCGAGCCGUUUUCAGCUUAUAGGCCAUCUAUGAUAGACAUUGUUCGUGAACUAGAAGACGCUUUAAUUAUUGAAAAUAAUGCAUCUGAAUACCUGAGAUCAAUGGAUAGCUUUGGGGGAUCUAAUCGGUUCUCCAUUGACAGACCGAUUGUUACUUUACCUUUACCUACUCCAACGUCAGAACCGUCAUCUCUUCUUUCACAGCCUGCUCUUCCCCAACCUAGAUAAACCUGGUGUCUAAAUGCAGCACAUGAUGUAUGAUAUUAAGUAAAUAUGUUCACUUUUCGGUUAAUUCCAAUCUAGUAAAUUUAAUCAGAGGGCAUAUUUUGGAAUAUAUUUAUAUUUUUA